CAAGUGUAUUUAAAAAAUUUUUGGGCGGAAUAACAGUAAUUGGAAGUGCAUGCUACUAUAUAAUUACUGACAUACAGAAGAUAUUUUGAGACAAGAUAGGUCACUGCCAAGCAAAAUGUGACGGUCGCCUUUUUUCGCAUGCAAGUUGAAUUAUAGAUAACACACAUAAAUGAAUGCACUACUAGGAGUGAACCAUUUUACCCAAUCUCUCUUGUCGAUGAGGUACAAUUUCAGAAUUGGUAUUAUUGGUCUCAAAAUGAGAAAAGUAUUACUAAUCUUUCUACUGAUUUGUGCACUGAGUAUUGUUCAGAGCUAUCGUCGACACAAGAGGUCAAUAUUAUCGAGUAGACCUAAAGAAAUUGUAUCAUUGAAUCCUUGGAAUGUAAAAAGCCUCACCUCUAAAAUAACUCCAGUACCCUCAGUUCAGCCAGUAGAUGUAAAUAACUUGGGGCGCGCAAAUGAAACAAACCAUGAUUUAAGUGGUAUAAUAGGCUUAGGUGGAACACCAUAUGGCAACCAAAGUGGUUUAGGUGCAUUAUCAGGUGGAUUAACAAGUGGCCUAGAUGACAUAAAUCCAUUACCUCUGAUAAAAUUUCUCACUGACCAGAUCAGUUUUUUCAAGGACAAGAUAAUGUAUAUUUAUGACGACCAAGAACGCCCAGUCCAACUGAAAUUGGAGAUUCCUGAUUUUAACUUACUAAAUCUUUGGCCAAAUUUGAAUGAAAAAGUUACGUUUUUAUUGUACGACAAUCAAGGAGGAAAUAAUAGUUUCGAUAUCUUGAAAGUGGAUGAUAAUGAUGCAUUAAAAAAAAGUCGAUUUAAUCCAAAAAAGCCUACAGUCUUUAUUACUCAUGGAUUUUUGGCAUCCAGUAAUGGCACAUCUGUAACUAUGGUUCGAGAUGCUUAUCUUAAAACACGGGAUUAUAAUAUAAUCGCUGUUAAUUGGAGUCCAUUGGCAGUUGGGUCAUAUACAGUCGCUAGACUUAUGGUACCUAGAGUUGGAACUCACAUCGGAAAUAUGAUUAAUUUUCUAUAUAAAAACGGAAUGAAUCCCAACACAACAACCUUGAUUGGUCAUUCUCUUGGUGCACACGUUAUGGGACUCGCAGGACAAGCUGCAACUCAAAAAGUAAAUCAUACAAUAGCCUUAGAUCCAGCAUGGCCACUUUUUGUUUUGCUUCCUUAUGAUCAAAGAAUUUCCCAUGAUGAUGCCCAAUAUGUAGAGGUUAUUCACACCAAUGGUGGAUUGUUGGGCCUGCCAGAGACCACUGGUCAUUAUGAUUUUUACCCUAAUGGUGGAUUCUUCCAAAAAGGUUGUGAUGGAGAUUUCUUUACGGGAUGUUCUCACAGUCGAGCCUGGAAAUAUCUGGUCGAACAAAUAGAAGGGGAAGGUUCGGAUUAUUAUGCAGUUGAAUGUGAUUCAUAUACGAAAUUCGAAAAAGGAAUUUGUUCAAAUAACCAAAAUGUAACAAUCAUGGGUGCUCUGGAUAGAAUCUACGCAGCUAAAGGAAGAUAUUACCUUGAUACGAACGACAAGGAACCUUUUGGUUUAGGUCUCAUUUUUCAGGGACUUUCUGAUUAAAUUUUGUAAUUUGAUAAACAUUUGGUGCAAGGUUGAGUAGCAAAGAAAUGAAGAAGAAAUCUUAAUGAUUGAUUCAA